AUGAUUAUUCAAUCUCCCCCGCCUUUUCCUUCUUACCUGUUCCUCCUUGUCGGAAACUCGGAGGUAGCCCGAUGGUCAAGAUGGCAAAGCUCACCUAUCAGCCAGUCCUUUUUUAGUUUGAAAACAAAGAUCGCCACUAUCGAUCAAGAAAAAAAAAAAUACCACCUUUACACUGUAUCAUCCUUUACUGCAACAAGUAAUAUGACAUCUUGGACGAAAAAGAGCGCACUGACACUGGCUUUGACACUGGCACUGACGCUUGACGCGUGGUUGCGCUUUUUUGAACAUUUUCCUUGCAACGCAGUGUUUAUUCUUCUUUUGAUUCGGCAACCAGCAAGAAGAGGUAGAGUACCAAAACAGAGAUAUAUAUUUAUACAAGCUCAUCCUGAAUGGCCGCUCUGUACAUGUAGGUUCCCUAUUCUUAUCCUUUUCUCUCUGACUCUGGACCGAAAGAGCUACUUUGGAUUUUAA